UCUUUUCUGUUCUAUUAGUAAGUCCUAGAAAGAUCCAAAUUCGAGCCUAUUCUAAGAAGCAGAUGACGUUAUUUGACAGGGUGCCCGAAAUCCUUAAUGAGUAACUUAGCAAGAGGAGAAGGCAAAUGCUGCCCCAGCUGUUUCCUGUUGAAAAUGUCUCUGUAUUGUAGAUAAAUGUGAGGGAUUUUCUCUCCAAAUCCGUCUCCUGUUCGCUAAAUCUCACUUCUCCACAACGAGCCUGCGCAAUGGAACAAAGUCGGAAUAUUGAGAUGUGACAUUGCCCGCAUCUCAUCCUCUUUCUCGCUUUUUAAUGACUUCAAACAAGUUCAUUUUUGCUGGACUUUUGCUGGAGACCCAAGGGAUGUCUAGCGGUCAUUUCUUCCAGGGGCAUUGGUGUGAUGUCUUUAAGUGUACCAUGCGCUGUCUCUCGUGCACCCACACCCUGUCACUGGUGCUGUGCGUCCUCGCGUUGACUCCCGUGACACUGGAGGCGGGGCCGGAGACGCUGUGCGGGGCGGAGCUUGUAGACACGCUGCAGUUUGUGUGUGGAGACAGGGGCUUUUAUUUCAGCAAACCGACAGGAUAUGGGCCUAGUUCGAGACGGUCCCACAAUCGUGGCAUCGUGGAUGAAUGCUGCUUUCAGAGCUGUGAGCUGAGGCGCCUAGAGAUGUACUGUGCGCCUGUAAAACCCGGCAAAACUCCACGAUCCCUACGAGCGCAACGGCACACAGACAGUACCAGGACAGCAAAGAAACCUAUAUCUGGACAUAGCCACUCUUCCUGUAAGGAGGUCCAUCAGAAGAACUCGAGCCGAGGAAACACAGGGGGCAGAAACUAUCGCAUGUAGAGGAUAGUAGGGCGAAUUGCUGAGAGAGACAAGUGAAACAGUUGGACAGAGGAAAUCAAGAAGGUCUUGCAGGGACGUGCUCCACUGUAUAAAAAAAAAAAAAAAAAAAAAAAAAAAUAAACCUUAACAAAAAACCCAACAAAAUACUAAAAAUACAAGCGCCAUGUUAAGACAAAAAAAUCUGAUGUUUCCAUACCCUGCACCAUUCCAUACUGGGGGAAAUACUAAAUUAGCUGCUAGAAAAGUCAAAUGAUAACUGUUUAUCCUCCUCGUGUGAACGGUUGCACCUAAUGGAUGCCGAAAACUUUUUAUAGUGGCAAAAUAUUAAUGUUUGCGGGCACAGAGAGGAAUUAGAUCAUGGACCGUGUUGACAAGAAAGGCUGUCUAGACCGUUUGGAACCCUUGCAAAACCGAACUACGGCUGCACAGAGAGAUGGCAUAUAAAAUACAAAUCAGUCUUUUCGUAUUUGAAUCAUUGUGCAAGACCAGAUCAAGGGGGAUUUU